AAUAUUGACUGAACUCUGAUUUUCACGAGUUUAUAGUGUUUAAAACUCAUACCACUUAGGACUAGAACCUUAGGAUUAGAACCCAAGUUCAGACAGGAUUCUGAGAAAUCCAGCGAUGAAGUUUUUCUAAGCAUGAUGCAGAUUGAAAUUAGAGAUUAAUUCAAUACUUGGUGUUAUUUAUUUUUCGAACAAAGGCUUAGGAUCAGAAUUGUGAAGACUUUUUGUUCCUCUGGUGCUGCUGGACUAUUACACACACAAAAAUGGACUUUGGCACAUGAGUCAAUCUAAAAGUAUAAAGACUUUUUGCAAUAGUGUGCUUAGCUUUGUGUUCAGUGGUGUCCACUGAACACCAUUUGUAUCAUCGCUGUACACAAAUGUGUACUGGGCUGUAUUUCAUCGAAUUUAUAAUCACACAAUCAAAAGACAUUAUAAAAAGUGUUUUCUUAGGUUUUAUCUAAAUGUCAGACAAUUUAUUUUUAACCGUGGCUUAUGGAAUUGUCAUGCGUCAUGCGGAAAACUGAUGCACGACAACGAAGCAAUAUUUGUGAUAUAUUGGUCAUGGGGUCUCAAAAGGGGUAACCGUCGUUGGUCUUCGAAAUUGAGUAAGAAAAAUGACUGACUCGGGCAGAUUUUUUAAUUCUUCAACAUUUGUAUAUGAGGUAACGUAUAGCCCUAGAAUCUUUCAGGACAUUGUGAAUGACUUUUCCUUGAGGCGUGGCUAAAGGUCAAAAUUUAAAGUUUCACUGAAGUUAAAAUUUUCAAGUUCACGUAACCUUUUUUUCUUUUAUUACUUAUAUCUGUGUAUUUAAAUGGUUUAUUAGAGAUUAAAUUUAACAUGCAUUAUAUAUAUGGCAUUUAUAAUGUACAUAAAGUAUGUAUAUGUGAUCCUAUAGCUUUCAUCUGACAUGAGAUUGCAAACUUCUCAAAGUGUAACAAGUUAACAAUAUGAUAUGUGCACAUGCAAGCGAAUGAAUCCUGAAUACAUGCGCGUUAAAAUAAUUAAUUAAAGGUUGGCUGAGUUUUAGCCGGUUACAUCAUCCUCAAUUAAUAUAUAAAAAUGAGGGCUGUUGAUAACAGCAUAGAGAUGUAACGCAGAAUUUACAUGCCAAUGGAAACUCAAUUUAAUUCAUAUGCACAUAUUUAAGGUUUCACAGUCAAUCCGAAACAGAGUGACAAAAUUGAGCAGCUUUCAACGACUAUAUUACAUUGUAGACUGCCACAAAAUGAAGGUCAGAUAUUAGCGCUGUGGUCACCAGAUUACUACCAGGUUAGAUUAUUUGGCCUUGCCGGUAUCGUCUCAUUUUUUUGGACGUUCAAUUUCUGAAAAAUAAAUUAAUGUAAUUAGGAUGCUAUCAAAAUCAUUAUUAUUAUAUUUUGCAAACACGGUUUGAUGAGAUGUGCAACUUGAAUUGAUGAAUCUGCAGUUUAUCUCAGUAUAUGAUACAUACAAACAUGCGAGUUAGCUGACCAAAUCGUAUGAAAUUACUCCAUACGUAAUGGGCGUAGGCGUUGUACAUGUACUAUGAGACAAUACAUCAACCCAUUGCAUAUAACAAAUAAAAUGCAUGGUAAUGAAAUAAAGAAUGCAUAUACAUACAUAUAUAUGCACAUGUAGUAUAUGUUUUUAAGAAUUAUGUAUGUUUACUGUCAUUGUUUGCCCUCUGGAUUUCCCUAAAAAUGCAAAAUGGGGUGCAAAAAUGGGGUAUUUUAUAAGCAUGGGGAAGAAUGUUACAUAUGUGACGAGUCAUGCGAAUCCUUCUUUUACAAGUUUGCAACAUCUCCAGGUACUCUCAACAAUUCCAAACACAUCCAACUUUUUGCUCGUUUUUAUCACAUAAUCUUAAACAGCGAACUUUGGUCGCGACUGCAAAUACAAAACUAGUAUCCAUUUAAGUCACUGAUUCAUUUUAAGCUUAACCAUUUAUCCUGCAGUUGGUACAGUUUCUUCCUCCUGCAUUAUUUGUAUUUUCUCAAGUGAAUUAACUAAAUAAGUACCACCCCAAAGUAAACGAUGCAGAAAUCAGGAUUAUUGGUUUGUGUCAUUGGAUUUGUUGCGGUGUGUUUCGCAUCUCCUUUUCACAGGAAACGCAGGGCCUCCGGUGAUGAAACCCCUGCAAACGAUUUCCCUGCAAAUAAUUUCGGAGCAGGCGCAGCAGCAGGAAUUGGAGGACUUGGAAGAUCUGCCGGUAUUGGAAACUUUCAAUCCGACCCCAGAAACAACCCGUAUCUUCCAUUCGGAGCAUUUGCUGGUCUAAAUCUUGGACAAAGGGAUGGAGAAAGAGUUGGAGCAGGGUGCUCAGGAUUGACUUGUGGAUUCCAGCUUGGAAAUUUGGCACUGUCCACUCGACAAUUGUUUGAUGCCGUUACAAAUGGAAACGGAAGAUUCAAAGUUGGAAUUCGUUCAUCCACCACAACAACGGCUCCAGCACUCAUUAAAUCCUUGGAAUCUUUUUCCGAUGUAAAUCCGGAAAUAAAUGAUGUGGAAACAUCAGAGACAUUUUUGACCGGAGUUACGCUAAGUGAACGCUUCGACUCUGUCCGAGGUUUUCUGACGGAUAUGUUUUUGGGCUUGUUGGACAUGCUUGGCUCCAUUUUUGGCUCCUCGCCGUCGUCGAGCAGCACCCGAGACGCUGUUGGGAACACCCCCUCCGCUUCUUCUGCCUCUCACAAAAACCAGACUGUGUAUCGCAUCACAUUGGGGCCACCUCCCACGAAAUCUCCUUCUAAGGUCCCAAGCGUCUCCCCCACUGCUGAGAACACUAUCAGUGCGUCAAACAAGCUGAGACGCCACCUUUCCUAACUGUCCCGGAACCUAUAUACUUACAUAUCUAUAGCCAUGUUUGUCCCUGUGCCGUGAUGCUUUUCAACUAAUACCUUUACUUAUUUAAUGGACUAACUAUUUAUAUUCAAUAAGUUCAAAUAGCUUUCUAAUGAUAUCGUUCAAUUUCAUCAAUUUUAUAGCCAAGUAGAAAGUGCGGAUAUUAUUCUCUUUUGUCAUAAUGCGCCAAGUGUUUUAGUUUUAUUUAAUAACUGUCAUAACUUUUCUAAUAAAACCUUUCAUGCUUCUGCCUGCAACUAA